GGCAGGGGAGGGGGAAGAGAAAGCAAGAAAGGCUGCUCUCACUUGUGCUUUUGUUAGUUCUACAGAAGAGGCAGAGAAACAGAUAACAAAGGCUCCAUUUCCUUUCUGUGAGAGAAGGCUUUUGUCUUUCCCCCUGCAACAAUGUCAGUGUCUGGCAAGAAAGAGUUUGAUGUGAAACAGAUCCUAAGGCUACGCUGGAGGUGGUUUAGUCAUCCUUCUCAAGGUUCACCCAACACUGGAAGCUGCCUUCAGCAGGAAGGAUAUGAGCAUAGAGGGACCCCGGUUCAGGGCAGGUUGAAGAGCCACUCUCGGGACAGAAACGGACUGAAGAAAAGCAACAGUCCUGUCCACCACAACAUACUGUCACCAGUGCCAGGACCAGCACCUGCCCAUCAAAGAGCUCUUCAGAAUUGGCAGCAACAAAACCUGAUAGAACAUCUCCGAGCAAAUGAAGAUACUCCUAAAGCAGUUCCAGAGGAGAAUUUAUUCAAAGGAGCUUGUGAGAAACACUCACAGGAUUUGGAGAUGAUGACUGAUGACAAUAUAGAGGAUUCUACAGCGAGAUUAGAUACACACCAUCCUGAAGAAAUGAAUGUCAGCAGAUCUGAGGAGUAUUUCCAUGCUGUAAACCAUGCAGAGCAAACUCUCCAUAAAAUGGAGAACUACUUGAAAGAGAAACAACUGUGUGAUGUGCUACUCAUUGCUGGACACCUCCGAAUACCAGCCCACCGGUUGGUUCUCAGUGCAGUGUCUGAUUAUUUUGCUGCAAUGUUUACUAACGAUGUGCUUGAAGCCAAACAAGAAGAAAUCAAGAUGGAGGGAGUGGAUCCGGAGGCACUUAAUUCGUUGGUACAGUAUGCUUACACAGGUGUCCUGCAAUUGAAAGAAGAAACUAUUGAAAGUUUGCUGGCUGCAGCUUGUCUCCUGCAGCUGACUCAAGUCAUUGAAGUCUGCAGCAAUUUUCUCAUAAAGCAGCUCCAUCCUUCAAACUGCUUAGGGAUUCGAUCCUUUGGAGAUGCCCAGGGCUGCACAGAGCUCCUGAAGGUGGCACAUAAAUACACAAUGGAGCAUUUCAUCGAGGUAAUAAAGAACCAAGAAUUCCUUCUACUUCCAGCUAAUGAAAUUUCAAAGCUUCUGUGCAGUGAUGAUAUUAAUGUACCCAAUGAAGAAACCAUUUUCCAUGCUCUAAUGCAGUGGGUGAGACAUGAUGUGCAGGCGAGGCAAAGAGACCUGGCGAUGCUGCUUUCUUACAUCAGACUGCCAUUACUUUCACCACAGUUACUGGCUGAUCUUGAAAACAGCUCCAUGUUUGCUGGUGAUCUUGAAUGUCAAAAGCUUCUGAUGGAAGCUAUGAAGUAUCAUCUCUUACCUGAAAGAAGACCCAUGAUGCAAAGCCCUCGGACCAAGCCUAGAAAAUCAACUGUGGGGGCGCUUUAUGCUGUGGGAGGAAUGGAUGCUAUGAAAGGUACCACUACAAUUGAAAAAUAUGACCUCAGGACCAACAGCUGGCUACAUAUUGGCACCAUGAAUGGUCGUAGACUUCAGUUUGGUGUUGCAGUUAUUGAUAAUAAGCUCUAUGUUGUGGGAGGAAGAGAUGGUUUAAAAACGUUGAAUACUGUAGAAUGUUUUAAUCCAGUUGGCAAAGUCUGGUCUGUAAUGCCACCCAUGUCAACACAUAGACACGGCUUAGGUGUAGCCACACUUGAAGGACCAAUGUAUGCUGUUGGUGGUCAUGAUGGAUGGAGUUAUCUAAAUACUGUAGAAAGAUGGGAUCCUGAGGGACGUCAGUGGAAUUAUGUGGCCAGUAUGUCAACUCCUAGAAGCACAGUUGGUGUUGCUGCAUUAAAUAACAAGUUAUAUGCUAUUGGUGGACGCGAUGGAAGUUCCUGCCUCAAAUCAAUGGAAUGUUUUGAUCCUCACACUAACAAAUGGAGUCUGUGUACUCCAAUGUCCAAAAGACGUGGAGGUGUGGGAAUUGCAACAUACAAUGGAUUCUUAUACGUUGUAGGGGGUCAUGAUGCCCCUGCUUCUAAUCACUGCUCCAGGCUUUCUGACUGUGUGGAACGGUAUGAUCCAAAAGCUGAUUCAUGGUCAACUGUUGCACCUCUGGGCGUUCCUCGAGAUGCUGUUGCUGUAUGCUCCCUUGGAGACAAACUGUAUGCAGUUGGAGGAUAUGAUGGACAUACUUAUUUGAAUACUGUUGAGUCAUAUGAUGCACAGAAAAAUGAGUGGAAAGAGGAAGCUCCUGUUAACAUCGGAAGAGCUGGCGCAUGUGUUGUUGUGGUGAAACUGCCAUAAAUCUGUUUUUGUCAAGUAAAACUGGAUAAUUUCAAGAAAUGGAGUAGGAGGAAGGAGAAGAAACAUGUUAUUUUCUGCAGUUCAUAAUCAAACACGAAAAUAUUUUUGUCAUUUUAAUACGUAGUUGUAAUUGUUCUCAUUUUGAAGCCAAAACAAGUUUCCAAACAUGAAUUACAUGUAAAUGUCAAAUGUAUGUGUUAUCAUAGCUGAUAAUAUACAGGGCAAUCCAGUAGUCUAGCUUUAGCCUUAUUACUUUAAACUGUCAAAAUGUUUAGUGAAAAUUUAUAUUCCCCAAAGUAGGAAGGGUUAUAAAGCAUUAGCAGGUUUCAAGGUAAGAAUCUGAGAAGUUAAAAAUAUGUGUUUUUAUUUCCAAUAAAAGGUACUCUGUUAUCUGGACUAUAACUUAAUAUAAAAGAGAACAUCUAAAGCCUAAAAUAUAGUCUAAUUUUUAAUAAGGCAUCAUUCUCUUAUACAAACAACAUCCUAAAUAGCUAAAUAAUAGCUCACAUUUUCCAAGAGGAAAGUUUUUACUGCAUCAAAGCUGAAAAGCCGAUUCAUUGACAUAAUUUGUUCUGCUGAUCACAGUAUGUCAAAUUUUCACAGACUCCCUCUUUCACAGUAACCAUCUUCCAAAACACAUGUAUAAAUUUGAUAUUCCUUAACAUGUUGUCUUGUUAGAUUUUUCACUGAUGAUAAAAUAUUAUUGCAACAUCAUAUACACAGCUGUACCAUAAAAUAUUGAAUAUUUAUCAUAUUGAUACAAACUGUGACCUCAGCUUCAGAGUGUCAGGGCCUCAAAUUUAUAGUAAGUAAUAUUCUUCUCAAAUAUGUCUGUGAACUCUAUAAUUACCUACCAUUAGUUAAAUAAGAUAACAAAUGCAAAACAAUUUUUAAUGUAUUCAAAUUGAAGAAUAUGUUACAUGAUGUAAACACAUGGAAACAUCAAAAUGUUCAUUACAUAUAGUCAGUUCUGUAGUUAUUUUUUAUGUACCCAUACAUGCCUUUAUGUUUAUGUUAUAUUUUUCCAAUACAAUAUGUUAAGGACAUAGGCACUACAAAAAAUUGUAAUUUAAAAAGCAACAAAAAACAUAGUUGGGUAGUAUUUUAGCUUUAAAUUCUUACUUCCAUUUAUUCAAUUUAACAAUAAAAAGUUGAAAAAAACUUUUUGAAGGUAACUUUUCAAGUAAAUGUACAUUUUUCAAAUUUCUGCAAUAUAUUCUUUUAAACUUUGUAAUGUAGAAUGACACUAACUUGUAAAAU